UCGUUUGGUCACAGAAUGGUCUAUUCUGUGGUUCGGUGUUUUCUGUUUUGUAUAAUGUUAUAAUGCUACCAGUUAACAACUAGGUAGGUGAAAAUCGGUGAAUGGUGAUCGAUUUUUCGUUUUCAUUCGUUAUCUUCUAACUUCUUAAUUAAUAUCUGUGAUCCACAGCUCAAGUCCCAAAAUCUACAAUACAACGUGUGAAUAAGUUGUUUGCUUUAAUUCUAGCAAUUACUAAGAAUCUAUGUAAAUCUUUAUCAAAGUUCGUAAACUUAAACUGUUAGUUUUUAACAACAACCAAUAAAGUUUACAAAAUUAUACAUUUUUCUCCAGUCAUUUACAAUGAGCACUCACGCAGACAUUGAAGCGCAAAUCCGGGAGAUUCAGCAGCGGAAAAAGGAAGAAAAACAAAAAGAGGGCGAUGACGUGGGCUUAGGAGCAUCUGGCUUUUUCGAUCAAGACAUUUACAAUGGUGGUGGGAAAUAUGAAGGAUAUGUUACUUCGAUUGCGCCUAACGAUGAAUAUGAUGAUGAAGAUGUUGACGACCAGCAUUUUAGAAAUAAAAAACCUAUGGCUGUACAAGCAGCUGCUCUAAAAGAAAUUGCACAGUCAAGAGAUGAAGAAGAUGAUUAUGAUCCUUUUGCAGAAAGAAAACGUUUACAAAAAGCCACUUCUGAUAAAGAUGAUGACACUCGUCAAGUUCGUAGGCCAAUGGUCAUUUCACCUGAACGUAUUGAUCCUUUUGCAGAAGGUGGAAAAACACCAGAUGUUGGUUCUCGAACAUACUCACAAAUUAUGCAGGAGCAAAAACUUAAAGGUGAAGAGAAUGAUGUACGCAAAACUAUUAUAGAAAAAGCUAAAGAAGGCAGUCUUAAGACUACUAAUGGAGAUUCUAAAGGCACUGUUCGGAAAAGAGGUCGUUGGGAUCAAGUCGUACAAAAUGGUGAUUCAUCUGCAGUACCAACCAAAAAGAAAACUAGUUCAGUCCCAUGGGAAGAGACACCUAAAGGAGGAUUAUCACGUUGGGAUGAAACGCCUGGUGCUGCAAAAAUGGGAGCUGAAACUCCCGGUGCUACUCCUGGCCAGAGUACAAGAAUGUGGGAUGCAACACCUGGUCAUGCAACUCCUGCAGCUGGAGCUACAACUCCUGGUCGAGAUACUCCUGGUCAUAUAGGAACUACUCAAACAUCAGUACGAAGAAAUCGUUGGGACGAGACGCCAAAAACAGAAAGAGCUACCCCGGGACAUAACAGUGGAUGGGCCGAAACUCCUCGUACGGAUCGUGGGGGUGUUGAUUUAAUUCAAGAUACUCCAACGCCAUCUGCUAGUAAGAGACGUUCCCGUUGGGAUGAAACUCCAUCACAAAUGACACCAUCCACAACACCAGGAGGUAUAACUCCUAAAGUUGGAAUGACACCAUCUGGUGCAUCAAUGACUCCUACUCCUGGAGGAAUGACACCAGGGGCUACACCUAUGACUCCAAUGGUACCUCGUACACCUGUACUCUCUAACAGUGCGGCUACACCUACAGGACACAGUGCAAUGGCUAUGGCAACGCCUACACCAGGUCAUUUAUUGUCUAUGACUCCUGAACAACUGCAGGCUUAUCGUUGGGAACGUGAGAUUGAUGAGCGAAAUCGUCCAUUAACAGAUGAUGAACUAGAUGUUAUGUUCCCACCUGGAUACAAAGUACUUCAGCCUCCUGCCGGAUAUGUACCAAUUCGAACUCCAGCACGUAAACUCACAGCUACACCUACACCUAUUGCUGGUACACCCGCUGGAUUUUUUAUGCAAGAGUCAGUAGAUCGCCCAACAAAAACUCAAAUAGUAGAUAAUCAACCACCUGGUAAUUUACCUAUGUUAAAACCUGAGGAUGCCCAAUAUUUUGACAAAUUAUUAAUGGAUGUGGAUGAAGAAAGUUUAACAUUAGAAGAACAAAAAGAAAGAAAAAUCAUGAAACUUCUUUUAAAAAUUAAAAACGGUACCCCUCCUAUGAGAAAAGCUGCUUUAAGACAAGUCACGGACAAAGCUAGAGAGUUAGGUGCAGGUCCACUAUUUAAUCAAAUACUUCCAUUGCUUAUGUCACCAACACUUGAAGAUCAAGAACGACAUCUGUUAGUAAAAGUCAUCGAUAGAAUAUUAUAUAAACUGGAUGAUUUAGUCAGACCUUAUGUACAUAAAAUACUGGUGGUUAUAGAACCAUUAUUGAUUGAUGAGGAUUAUUAUGCUCGUGUGGAAGGACGUGAAAUUAUAUCCAAUUUGGCUAAAGCUGCAGGGUUAGCUACUAUGAUAUCAACCAUGAGACCAGAUAUUGAUAACAUUGAUGAGUAUGUCCGUAAUACAACAGCUCGUGCAUUUGCCGUAGUUGCUUCAGCUUUAGGUAUCCCAUCACUUUUACCAUUCUUAAAAGCUGUUUGUAAAAGCAAAAAAUCGUGGCAGGCACGUCACACAGGUAUAAAAAUUGUUCAACAAAUUGCAAUUUUAAUGGGAUGUGCUAUCCUUCCACAUUUACGUUCAUUGGUCGAAAUUAUUGAACACGGUUUAGUGGACGAACAACAAAAAGUUCGAACUAUUACUGCUCUUGCUAUUGCGGCUUUAGCUGAAGCUGCAACUCCUUAUGGUAUUGAAAGUUUUGAUUCUGUUCUCAAACCAUUAUGGAAGGGUAUAAGAACUCAUAGAGGAAAAGGGCUAGCUGCUUUUUUAAAAGCCAUUGGAUAUUUAAUACCAUUGAUGGAUGCAGAAUAUGCCAAUUACUAUACUAGAGAAGUAAUGUUAAUUUUGAUUCGAGAAUUUCAGUCACCUGAUGAAGAAAUGAAAAAGAUUGUAUUAAAGGUGGUCAAACAAUGUUGUGGGACUGAUGGUGUUGAGCCUCAAUAUAUUCGUGAAGAUAUUUUACCACAUUUCUUUAGACACUUCUGGAAUCAUAGGAUGGCUCUGGAUAGACGAAAUUAUAGACAAUUGGUUGAUACUACCAUGGAAAUAGCCAAUAAAGUUGGAGCCUCAGAAAUCAUUAACCGCAUUGUUGAUGACUUAAAAGAUGAAAAUGAACAAUAUCGUAAAAUGGUAAUGGAAACUAUAGAAAAAACUAUUGGUAAUUUAGGUGCUGCAGAUAUUGAUUCAAGACUCGAAGAACAGCUUAUUGAUGGUAUUCUUUACGCUUUUCAAGAACAGACUAAUGAAGACGUAGUUAUGUUAAACGGGUUUGGUAUGAUUGUCAACCAAUUAGGUCGUAGAGUUAAACCAUAUUUACCUCAAAUAUGUGGUACGAUUUUGUGGCGGUUAAAUAAUAAAUCGGCAAAAAUAAGACAACAAGCUGCAGAUUUAAUAGCUCGGAUAGCUUGCAUCAUGAAAAUAUGUCAAGAAGAAAAGUUAAUGGGCCAUUUAGGUUUAGUGCUUUAUGAAUACUUGGGUGAAGAAUAUCCUGAAGUGUUAGGAAGCAUUUUAGGUGCGCUAAAAGGUAUUGUAAACGUGAUUGGCAUGACCAGAAUGACUCCACCUAUCAAAGACUUGUUACCUCGGCUAACACCAAUUUUGAAAAAUAGACACGAAAAAGUCCAAGAGAAUUGCAUAGAUCUUGUUGGCCGGAUCGCUGAUAGAGGACCUGAGUAUGUACCUGCCAGAGAAUGGAUGCGGAUAUGUUUUGAGUUGCUCGAGUUGUUAAAAGCCCAUAAAAAGGCAAUUAGAAGAGCUACAGUCAAUACAUUCGGUUAUAUUGCCAAAGCUAUUGGACCGCACGAUGUAUUAGCCACACUUCUAAAUAAUUUAAAAGUGCAAGAAAGGCAGAACCGUGUCUGCACAACUGUAGCUAUUGCGAUAGUAGCAGAAACAUGUUCCCCGUUUACUGUAUUACCGGCUUUAAUGAACGAAUAUCGUGUGCCGGAACUUAAUGUUCAAAAUGGGGUUCUUAAAUCGUUGUCAUUCUUAUUUCAAUAUAUUGGAGAAAUGGGCAAAGAUUACAUAUAUGCUGUAACUCCACUAUUAGAAGAUGCUCUGAUGGAUAGAGAUUUAGUACAUAGACAAACUGCUUGUGCAGCUAUUAAACAUAUGGCUCUCGGAGUGUUUGGAUUCGGUUGUGAAGAUGCUCUUAUCCAUUUGUUAAACUAUGUUUGGCCAAAUAUUUUUGAAACGUCGCCUCACUUGGUUCAAGCUUUUAUGGAAGCCGUUGAAGGGUUGAGAGUUGCCCUUGGUCCUAUUAAGAUAUUGCAAUAUACUCUUCAAGGACUAUUCCAUCCUGCUCGGAAAGUACGUGAUGUUUAUUGGAAGAUAUACAAUUCACUUUAUAUUAGUGCUCAAGAUGCUUUAGUAGCUGGAUACCCACACAUUGAAAAUGAUGUAAAGAACCAAUAUGUUCGAUAUGAACUCAUGUACACCUUAUAAUUUUCUUGCAUUAAUAUUUCAUAAUUGAUUUUUA